GUCCAUGUACCCUGGCGAUCCCACUACACCUGGUUAUCCGGCUUACGAGAACGCGACACGCAUCGAGUCAGGAAACGUUCCUCGCAUUCCUAGCUUGCCUAUCUCUUGGAAUAAUGCUCAGGUUCUAUUCGAAGAGCUCGGCGGCAUCGAUGAAGGCAGAAAGGUUUCUGGAAAGACUGGGUCCCGCAAGGUCAGGAUGGUUAACCAAGUCGACACCAAGGUUACUCCGAUUUGGAACACUAUGGCUGCUAUCCCCGGACAUGUCAAGGAUGAAGUCGUCAUUGUUGGCUGUCACCGAGACGCUUGGGUUAUGGGAGCUGCCGAUCCGACGUCUGGAACUGUCUCUCUGAUCGAAGUUGUCAAGGGCCUCGGCGCAUUGCUCAAGAAAGGAUGGAAGCCUCUACGUACCAUCCUGAUCGCCAGUUGGGAUGCGGAAGAAUAUGGCCUUGUUGGCAGUACCGAGUACGGCGAGGACUUUGCUGAAUGGAUACAAGAGCACGCCGUAGCCUACAUCAACGUUGAUGUCUCCGUUGCGGGAUCUAGAUGGACUUCGUCUGCUUCACCUUCAUUGGUUGAUCUUAUUCGCCGGUCAGCAGAGGAGAUUCCUCAUCCGACCGAAGCUUCGCGCACGCUUUGGGAUGCUCAAACCGAUAUUGGACCGUUUUUGGUCAACCAAGAAGCGAACAUCAGCGAUGCGACUAUACAGGCCAAGCCUAGCGUCGGACCUCUUGGAUCAGGAAGCGAUUAUACUGUCUUCCUCCAGCGACUUGGUGUUGCCAGCUCAGACGAGGGAUUCGGUAUGACUGCAUCUGACGCAGUGUACCACUACCACUCGAUUUACGAUUCUCAGUUCUGGCAAGAGAC